AUGAAUAGUACAUUAUCAAGAAAGAUACAAAAAGUUUUAGACAUCAAACUUGACUCUGAAGAUCUUUCAAAUGCUUUGGAAGAACUAUCAACAUUUUAUACAUCAAAUUCAAUUGGUGCAAGAAGAAAUCUUAGAAAUGAAAUUGAAAAAAGGUAUCUUGAUAUAAAUAUUCAAUUUUUAGAUCAAUUUGAUCAAUUAAAUAAAAAUAUAAAUGAAUUAGUUUUAGAUUUUGAAGGUAUUAAAAAUAGUUGUGUUGAUAUUUGUGAUCAUUUAAAUUCAACCAAUAGAGUAUCAAGUGAAUUAUUAAAGAAUGCACAUGAAUUAUCAUGUGGUUUAAAAGAGAUCAAAGAGAAAGAGAAUACAUUACAACAAUUUUUUAAAAAGUUUAAAUUAACUCCUCAAGAGGAACAAUCAUUAGUAAAGAAAGAAAUUGAUUCAAGUUUUUAUCAAACCCUAGAUAGAUUAUCAGAGAUUCAAAAUGAAUGUAAAAAAAACUUAUUAUCAAAUCAAUAUCAAAAACCAACUUAUGAAAUUUUAGAAAUCAUUACAAAACAUCAAGACAAUGCAUAUCGUAGAUUAUAUCAAUGGACAAAAGAAGAGAUUAAACAAUUAUUAAUUAUUGAAAUUCCAAUUUUAGAUAGUUUUAAUAAUAUUGAUCAACAGCAACAACAACAGCAACAAAAAGUAAUGAUGUUACCAAUUGCAUUAUCAGCAUUACAAAAUAAACCUUUAUUAUUUAAACAUUGUUUAGAUGAAAUAUCGGAAUGUAGAACUAAAACGAUAUCAAAUGGUUUCAUUACAGCUUUAUCAUUUGGUGGUCCAAAUGGUAUACCACGUCCAAUCGAGAUUAAUGCUCAUGAUCCACAAAGAUAUUUAGGUGAUAUGUUGGCUUGGAUUCAUCAAUGUUUAGCUUCAGAAUUUGAAUUAAUUUCAACAAUACUUUCAAAAGUUACUAUAAAAUUAAAUGAAAAUAAUAAUAAUAAUGUUGAUGAUAAUAUUGAAAAUAAUAAUAAUAAUAAUAAUAAUAAUGAAGAAUUAAAUUUUAUUGAACCAAUUAUAAAAGUUUUAAAUAAUAGUUUUGAAUGUAUAAAUAGACCGUUAUCAAUUAGAAUUGAUCAAAUUCUACAAAGUAAACCAGGUGUUAUAAUAACUUAUAAAAUGAUAUCAUUAUUGGAUUUUUAUAGUAGAAUGGCGAAUUUAAUUACUAAAGGUAGUGGUGUUUGUAGAGUUUCCACUAUAUUCGGCUCGAUAAAGUCAAAUUGUUUAUCAGUGUUUUUCACUCAGAUUAAAGAUAAUUUCGAUAGAUUAGAGAGAUCACCAACUGUACCAUCACCACAAGACCUUUUACCAACAAAUGAUAUCAAAGAUUCAAUUAAUAAACUUAGUGAACUGAUAUCUACAUUCAACAGUUCGUUAAUACCAUUGGACGAGAGAGAGAAGGAGUAUACACCAGUGUUUAGUAGUUUUAUUCAAAAGAUUAUCAAUUUAACUACGUUCUCUGCCACAUCUUCAAAGCUACCUCUCAUUAGUAUGGCGGUUUUCAUGAUCAAUUGUCUAAGUUCAAUUAAAUCAGUGUUGGAGAAUUACACAAGUUUCACCGCUUCGAAUUUGGAGUUGCUGACUUGCCAAAUCGAAGCUCACAUGGACACUUUGGUGGAGGAGCAAACUAGCGAACUUUUGCAACAGAUGGGUAUUGGUCCAAAGCUAAGUAUUCUGCAAUAUAGUGAUAAUAAAUCACCGUUAUCUCAAAUUAUAGCCAUGGAUAGAUUAUCAAUAGUCCAAUCGAUUAGACAAUUUGAUAAUUGUUUAGAACAAAGUUUUGGUACACUAUUAAUGCCAAAUUGUGAAAAACUAUCAGACACAACCCUAAGAUCUUUAUCAAAGAAAAGUGUUUCAAAUUUAAUUUCAGUUGCUUACUCUUCUCUCUAUUCUGCAAUUCACGAUCCUUUUAAUCAAUAUGAUGAACCAAAUUCAAUUUUUCAAUAUAAACCUGAUCAAAUUAAAACAAUGCUUGAUUUUUAA